AUGCCCCGUUCAUUACCAGACACGUCGCAAUUUGACGACACGUCAAACCGCAACGAAUGGAUCAAUUUUCGACCUCACAAGCCGCCUCCAUCAUCUUCUGAAUCUAGCUCACCGUUUCAAAAGUUGGACAUGUACGUUGGAAGGCGGUUCUUCCAGACCGUCGAAGCCAACUGCUUCGACCCCGAGACUCGCAUCAAAGAAAUGGAUGCAAGCGGCGUGUCCGUGCAAGUCCUCGGCACGAUUCUGGUUCUAUUCUCCUACGACAAACCCAUCAAGCCCACCGACGUUGCCGCCGCCGUGGAGGAACUGAAGCGGGAAAAGGGCCUGGGGUUAAGAGGCGUCGAGAUUGGCACGGAAACCAACGGACGGGAACUGGACGAUUUGGACAUGGGGCCAUUUUGGAAAGCAUGCGAGGAGCCAAGUGAAACGGCUCUCACACUACACGCAAUCGUCUCGUCUGCCGUGCUCGUCCGCCACCCCAAGCUGCGUCUCUGCUUCGCCCUCGCCGGCGGCGCACAUCUCCCUCUCCUUGGGCGUAUUCAGCACGGCUGCGACUGCCGGCCUGAUCUAGUUGCUCACAAGUCCGGGGGCACAUCGCCGACACAUCAGGUCGCCUUUGGCCAGAGAAAUGUCCGGAUAGACGGCCUGGUGCAUGACCCGGACCUGUUAGAGUACAUGUGCAAGAAGAUUGGGCCGGAACGUGUAAUUAUGGGCAGCGACUAUCCGUUUCCACUGGGGCAAGUCCCUCUUCCAGAACAGAUGAUAUCUACGGACGAGCGGGGCUAUCCUCAUUUCAAGAUGAAUGCCAGUUUGACUCUUUGA